CUAGAUAGCCUAUCUAAGACCUGCGGUAAAGGCGUUCAGAUUGGAGAUCUGGACAUGGGGUUUAUUAUCAUCCUUCUCUCAUGGGUGGCAGCAGCUUAUAUUUCUGUAGUGUUUGCUGAGGAGCUCCAGGUUUAUCAGGAGCCAGAGGUCAAUGCAACCGUGGGAGACAGGACGCGCCUUGGGUGCGCUUUCAACACCAGCAGCGGGCAGGUUGGAAUCGGGUCCUUUAAGUGGUACCGGGUCCGGAGCGACGGGAAGAGGAGCGAGGUUUCCAAUGAAACACACCCAGCUGGAGUCGUCACAUCGCAUGAAUUCAGGACGAACAAGGACGCUUCAUUGUACUUGCUCCAUCCUCAAAAAUAUGACUCCGGCGUGUAUUACUGCGAGGUAGAGCUGCUGUCAGCGGGGAGAAGAACCGGGAACGGGACGGUGCUGGCUGUUUACCAAAGAAGUAAAGAAAACCAGGACAGUGGGUCUUCUGCACACGGGUUUGAUCCCGCAUUGCUGCCGUGGAUUAUUAGACUAAGCUGCCUCUUCAUUUUCUUCGCUGUGGUGUCGCUGUGCUUAUUUCAAGCAAAACAGGUUGAGAGACUUCAUGAGAUGCAAAAGGAGUUAGCCAAGGCUCACAGAUCAAGACGACAUCGCCGUUCUCUGCAUUAAUUCUGGAUUGAAAACAAUUCUAUACCAAUCUGGCACCUAAAUCUCUUCUGCUGUGUGACCCGCGAGAGGAAAACGCAUCGCGCAGUUUAUUACACAAGGGACACAAACUAGUUUAACAGCAUGCAUUAACACCGUGUGUGCGGGUGCUGCUUUGAUAAUAUUUCUUAAAUAUAUAAUAAAAAAGUGACGUUCAUCAGUGGAGCUAAACUUGUUGUAUGUUUUAUCUGAUAUGUUGUGUCUUUAUGCAUAGUUUGUA